GGUGGAGGGGAGUCCCAAGUCCCAUCCCAGCAGCGCCGGCCACCCAGUCCUGCUCAACUUCUCAGAGCUCAGAGAAAAGGGGGGGCAAAAACGAGCUCAGCGGAUACGAGCCCAGCCACUCGCGUCUCCGUCAGCUUUUCCCGCAGCACGCCUGAGAGACGCCCCUACGGAUAUUCCCCUUCGGUAAAUGAGGUCCCACCGCGCGUGGGACGGGGACACGACCUCUGCAAACUUCUGCUAAGCAGUCUUUUCUUCCUCCAAAGUGAGGGGACUUCGCUUUUCAGGACCCGUGCUGGGUGGCCAGGAGAAAUGAGGUCGAGGAUAGGUGGCCAGAAAGUCUUCGGACUUCUCAUCUCUUUGAUAGUGACCUCGUAUCUCGUUCAUGUGGCGGAGAGUUCGAAGGUGUGGGGUGAAGUGCCCCUGCCGGAGGAUCUGGAGGCUUCUAAGGAGCAGAAGAUCAGACGUUCUCUUGACAUUGACAAGGACCGCGUCACUUGGAAGUGGCGUUACCUCGAUGAUGAUGAAGACUUUGCUGCUGAUGAAGCUUCAGGAGAUGUUAAUAGUGGAGAUGAAGACGGAAGCACUCCUGAGCCACCUGUCACAAUUUACUAUCGGGUGCUGGUGAACUUCACAGAUUCGUUCACGUACGGGCCUGAGCUAGAUGACAUCUACUCCACUCCUUUCAAGGAAAUCUCGGAUGCUGUCGUGGACACGCUCGAGUCGGAAUACCAAAAAAUCCCAGGAACCCAGACCGUCAAUGUCGUCUUCAUUAAGAAAAUUGGUAGCAAUGUGUUUGUGGAGCUGGAUGUGGGCUCAGACGACAACAAUAACGAGGCACAGAUCCGAGACGUUAUUUACUCCGUGGUUAGCGAAGGAAGCAUCGCCUCCUACGUAACCUCUGUCCAGGGCUUCCAGUUCAGACGCCUCGGAGAACCUGAAAUCCCCCCCACGCACCGGCCAGAGCCGGGAACUUUGCAGUCCUGUUUGGCGGAUGAGUUCGCCUGUAAUAACGGAAUGUGUAUCACUCUGGACAAGGUCUGUGACAAGAGAGCCGACUGUUUGGACAUGAGCGAUGAGGAAAACUGUGCUACUGAUGCCCCUAUUACUACAAUUACUCCUGUGGUCAAAACACCGCCAGGCCCUGUCCCCUGUCUUGCUGACCAGGCCAUGUGCCAGAGCGGGGAGUGCAUAUCCCGGGACUACCUGUGUGAUGGAGAGAGAGACUGCAGAGAUGGCAGCGAUGAACUGAAGUGUGGAACUCCUUCCCCCUGCGAGCCCAAUGAGUUUAAGUGCCGGAACGGCCGCUGCGCCUUGAAACUCUGGCGCUGUGAUGGAGACAACGACUGCCAAGACAACUCUGACGAGAUAGAUUGCCCUGCUAAAAGGCCCGGAGACGCGUGUGCUCCAGAGCAGUUUGUGUGUCUGAGUGACCGCGCCUGCAUUCCUGCCAGCUACCAGUGCGACGAGGAGCCCGACUGUGCUGACCGCUCGGACGAGUACGGCUGUGCCCCUCCCACUGUGACCAGCCCCCCAGAAGAGUCUGUUACGGCAGUGCGGGGGCAGACGGUGACCUUCACUUGUACAGCUGUUGGCGUGCCCACCCCCAUCAUUACUUGGAGGCUUAAUUGGGGACACAUUCCAGUCAGUAGCAGGAUCUCGAUGACCAGCGAGAAAGGCCAGGGGACGCUGACCAUCCGGGAUGUGAAGGAGGGAGAUCAGGGGGCAUACACCUGUGAAGCCAUCAACGCUAAAGGCCUGGUGUUUGCGAUUCCAGACGGAGUCUUGACCCUUUCUCGUGUUCCAAGUAACUGUCCUGAGGGACACUUUAACAUCGGAGGCCGCUGUCUGCCCUGCUUCUGCUUCGGCAUCACCAAGAACUGCCAGAGCACCGGCCGCUACCGCAACCAGAUAUCACUGCGCUUCAGAGAGGAGGACGACUUUAAAGGAGUGAAUGUCUCUUUCCCAACACGACCAGGCACUCCCCCUCCGCUCACUUCCACUCAGCUGUUUAUUAACCCGGAGGAGGAGGAGUUUCAGCUGGUUGACCUGUCCCGACGCUUCCUGGACCUGGAUUCUUACUGGACUCUGCCACGUCAGUUUCUGGGCAGCAAGGUGGACUCGUAUGGUGGCUAUCUGAGGUAUAAGGUGAGCUACUCGCUGCAGAGAGACGGCUCAGAGCCGGUGGAUAAGCCAGACGUCAUUCUGAAGGGAAACGGUCAGAGACUGAUCUACCACCGCAGCCGUCCCACCUCACCCAACAUUAAAAAUGAGAGAGAGAUCAGGUUUACUGAGGAGAACUGGCAGCACUCGUCCGGGCAGCCAGUGAGCCGUGAAGACCUCCUGAUGACCCUUGGCAACCUGGAGAGCAUCGGCAUCCGCACCGUCUACGACAACCGCAUGGCCAGCGUGGGUCUGAGUGACAUCGUCAUGGAUACCACCAGUGUGGAGUUCAGCCUGCAGGGCCAGCCUAAAAAUGUAGAGGAGUGCAGGUGCCCGCCGGGUUACUCUGGCCUGUCCUGUGAGACGUGCUCCUCCGGGUUUGAGCGGGUGCCUGGUGGCCGCUACCUCGGCACCUGCGCUGGCUGUAACUGCCAUGGCCACGCCAGUGCCUGCGAUCCUGUCAGCGGACACUGCCUGAGUUGUCAGCACAACACGGAAGGACCCCAGUGUGAAAAGUGCCGGCCCGGCUAUUUCGGUGACCCUAGCCGGGGACGGCCUGAUGACUGUAAGCCCUGCCCCUGUCCCUACACUGAGACUUCUCGCAGAUUUUCAGAUACCUGCUUCCUGGAUGUGGAUGGCCAGGCCACAUGUGACGCCUGCAUACCAGGCUACACGGGCCGGCGCUGCGAGAGGUGUGCACCUGGGUAUGUGGGCAACCCUCUGCAGCCCAACGGCAAAUGUGUUCCAACCGAGAACCAGAUAUGCGACAACAGAGGAACGAUCAGUUCCAGCAGCAGGCUGUGCAACUGCAAGGCUAACGUGGCUGGAGCUUUGUGUGAUGAGUGUAAGCCAGGCUCCUUCCACCUGACUGCUGGCAACCCAGAUGGCUGUCUGCAGUGCUUCUGCAUGGGGGUCACCAAACAGUGUGCCAGCUCUACCUGGACCAGAGACCAGGUACGAGGUGGCGUCAAUGGGCAGCUAUUUACUCUCGCCAAUGGAGCUAACACACGCACCAUCACUGAGGGCAUCGGCCAGAAAGGAAGCACAGAAAUUGUCUUCCGCUCUUUCAACAGCAUCCCCAGCGAUAUCUACUACUGGGUCCUGCCUGAGAGCUUCCGAGGAGACAAAGUGACCGCGUAUGGAGGAGAGCUGCGCUACAAAGUGCGCUUUGAGCAUCGCUCUCACUCUCUGGUGAUCGACGGACAGCCGGACGUGAUUCUUCAAGGCAACGGCAUCUUCCUGGAGCACUCCUCACAAACCAAGCCGCUCCCCCGAGUCCCUGCCACCAUCACCGUACCCUUCAGAGAGUCUGCUUGGAGGAGGGCUGAUGGACAACCCUGCACUAGAGAACACCUGCUGAUGGCCCUGGCUGACGUCACUGUCUUCAUGAUCAGAGCCACUUAUGCAGACAGUAUGGCUGAGAGCAGCAUUGCUGACAUCCAGAUGGACAUUGCAGUGCCCCACUCCACAGGAAACGAAAGGGCCCUGGAAGUAGAGGAGUGCGCCUGCCCUCAAGGCUACAGAGGACCUUCUUGCCAGGAGUGUGAUGUCGGAUACACGCGCACCGGAUCUGGCCUUUACCUUGGCACCUGUGAGAAGUGUGAGUGCCACGGGCAUGCCAGCGGCUGUGACUCAGAGACAGGAGCGUGCCUGGAAUGCCUGCACAACACAGCUGGGCCUCGAUGCGAGAGCUGCCUCCCUGGUUUCUUUGGCAACCCGGUAACUGGCGGUAUCCAUGCCUGCAGACCAUGUCCAUGCCUUGGUCCUGCCCCUGGAAACAAUGGGGCUAAAUCUUGCUACUUGGACACAGACGGACAGCCCACUUGUAAUAACUGUCCCCCGGGUUAUACUGGAAGGCGCUGUGAGAGAUGUGCCCCUGGAUACACAGGCAAUCCUGAACGUGGACAGAGCUGCACUCUAGAAAACGGAAACUGCUACAGCUGUGACCCCCGAGGCAGUGAGGGUUGCACUUCAAAUGGGAUCUGCCGUUGCAAGAUGAAUGUGGAGGGCCCAUCAUGCUCCAGCUGCAAAUCUGGCUCCUUCCACCUCAGCCCUGCCAACAAAGAUGGAUGUCUAAUGUGCUUCUGCAUGGGAGUCACUCAGCAGUGCUCCAGCUCCUCCUACUACAGAGACGUGGUCACCACUGCCUUCGCUCCAGGAAACACGCAAGGCUUCGCUCUUGUGAACCGGCAGCGCACCAGCCGCAUCGACACUGGAUUCUCAGUGGAAGUGUCUACGGACGGGACCCAGCUGUCUUUCACCAGCUUUGACCGCCUCGGUCAGGAGCCUCACCUCUGGCAGCUACCCAACAGCUACCAAGGAGACAAGAAGCAGGCCCACUUUACUCGAUCGAAACGAGCACGCAAGCCGUCUGCUGCCGAAGUGCGUAAAUUCGAUGAAGAAAUCUGGGCACUGCUAACCAACUUCUCCAGUGGGCGGCCGGCUUCCUCCUUCUCUUCAUCGUCCUCCAGAACCUCUUCCUCCUCCUAUUCGUUUGGAGCUUCCGGUUCCAUGGGUCGUUCAGGUGGCCAUAACCCCAGCCCCCCUUCCCCCCCUUCUGCCAUAACCUCCCCUUUGAGACCCACUGCAUCCCACCAUGCUGCCCCAGGCCAUGUCCCAAACAGUAGCUUAGUGAAGUACCCUCUGGUCUCCAAAGGGUUCAGUUUACACCCGGAGGACGUGCUCUUCUGGCAGCUUCCAGAGCAGUUCCGAGGGAACAAGGUGGGCUCCUAUGGGGGAAAGCUCAAGUAUACCAUCUCAUACGUACCUGGACCAAGGGGAGCUCCCAUAGACGACGUUGACGUCCAAAUCAUUGGUAAUGACAUCACCCUAGUGUCCCGCCAGGACUGGAGAAGAGGACAGGGGACAAGAGAGUCCCGUGAAUUUGAGAUUGUCUUCAGAGAGGAGAACUGGAAGCGUCCUGAUGGUAUGCCGGCCACUCGGGAGCACCUGAUGAUGGUGCUGGCUGACCUGGACGACAUCCUUAUCCGAGCAUCCUAUCACACAGAGAUGCGCUCCUCCAGCAUCUCAAGGGUCAGCAUGGAGAUCGCCGUGCCCAACUACACAGGCCAGACCCAGGCUCUGGAGGUGGAGCAGUGUCGCUGUCCGCCUGGGUACCACGGCCUGUCCUGCCAGGACUGUGCUCCAGGCUACACCCGCACAAGUGGAGGCCUAUACCUUGGCCACUGUGAGCUGUGUGAAUGUAACGGCCACUCUGACUACUGUCAUCCAGAGACUGGAGUCUGCACGAACUGCCUGCAUAACACCAUGGGCGAGCUCUGUGAGCAGUGUUCCCCUGGCUACUUUGGAGAUGCCUCUGCUGGAACUCCAGAGGACUGCCAGCCCUGCGCUUGUCCACACACUGACCCAGAGAACCAAUUCUCUCCCACUUGUGAAAGUCUGGGCAAUGGGGACUAUCAGUGCACUGCCUGCCAGGCUGGCUACACUGGCCAGUACUGUGAGCGCUGUGCAUCUGGAUAUUUUGGAAAUCCGCAAGAGAGAGUCAAAUGUCGCCAAUAUAAUGCGGCUGCUUCUCUGGUGGUGAUGGUGUAUCCUGAGAGGGUGCUGGUGGCUCAGGGCAGCCCAGUUACCCUCAGAUGCCAGGCAUCUGGAGUCCCACCCCACUAUUUCUACUGGACCCGCAAUGAUGGCCGCCCCAUCUCCAGAUCAGCAGAGAGACGCAGACAAGGAGAGGAGCUGUAUUUCCCCAGCGUCCAGCCCUCAGAUGCCGGCGUCUACAUCUGCACAUGCCGAGACCGCCAGCACACCAACCGCAGCCACGCUGAGAUCGUCGUAACAACCUCACCAUCCAAACCCAUCGAGGUCUUCAUUGAGGAACCCAACGUUCAGAGUGUAACAGCGGGAGCUACAGUGAGCUUCAUCUGCACCGCCAAAAGCAAAUCUCCAGCGUACACCCUGGUCUGGACGCGCCAAGGCAACGGCAAGCUGCCCAACCGGGCCAUGGACUUUAACGGCAUCCUGACCAUCCAGAAUGUCCAGCCUGAAGACUACGGCGUCUAUGUCUGCACUGGCUCCAACAUGUUUGGCAUGGACGAAAGCUCUGCUGUCCUCCAUGUCCAAGAGGCGUCUAAGGCUGAGAUGUUUUUCACAGCCUAUGAAAUGUUUGAAGGACAUAGAAAGCCUGCUGAGGGGUCCCAGCCUGUGGCCACUGUCCAGCCACCCGUUCUCACCAUCCAGCAGGGCCAGCGUGCAGAGUUCCGCUGCACAGCCACCGGCAACCCCACUCCAGCAGUUGAAUGGACAGGAGGCCCAGGCAACCGCAUCAGCAGCAGUGCCAUCAUCCGGGGGGGCGUUCUCACUUUCCCCUCUGUGGAGCGCUCGGACGAGGGCGACUACAUCUGCCGGGCCCUCAACACCCACGGAGAGCACACGGCUCGGGCCAUCCUCUACGUGCACAGUGCCAGUCUGCCCCAUGUGCAAGUGAGCCCGCAGCAUGUGGAGAUUCACGAGGGCGAGACCCUGAGGCUGUACUGCAGAGCAGGGGGCACGCCCAGCCCGGGACUGACCUGGAAGAAGAGGGGUGGCACGCUCCCCCCGCAGGCCAUACCUUCUCACGGUUUCCAUCAGUUUAAGUCCAACAGUCUCGAUGUGUUACAGAGACGUAUUGAAGAGCUGCAGGCCCGUAUGGAGCGCACUGACUUUGGUACUCUCAUCGUCCCCAACAUGAAGAUGUCAGAUGCUGGCACGUAUCUCUGUGUGGGAACGAACGCUGUGGGCUCCUCUGAGGCUCGCAUUGAGGUCACUGUGAUUAAAGGAGACACUGUGUCAAAUGCUGUCACCAUCCAGCCCUCCAUUGCCACUGUGGUGGAGGGAGAGUCACUGGACUUAAACUGCGUUGUCCCAGGAAACCCUCCUCCUUCUGUCACAUGGAGCAGAGCUAAUGGCUAUCUCUCCUCCAACCACAAGGUUUUCGGAACCCAGCUGCGGAUUCUGCGAGCGUCUCAGGGUGACUCUGGAGAAUACAUCUGCAGGGUGGAAGGCGGCCCACACGUCCGCCAGGCUUCCGUUUCCGUCUCUGUUACCUCUGAGUCUUCCCAAGGUCUCCAGAGCCCCAUUAUUUCCAUUGAGCCCCACAGUGCAGCGGUGAAGCUGGGAGAGUCGGCCAGCUUCAGGUGCAGAGUGCACAGCGGGGCCCAGCCUGUCCGCCUGGAGUGGAAACUCACCAACAACCAGCCUCUACCAGAUAACGUGAAAAUUGGGCCGGACAGUUCAGUGAUCACCAUCGCCAAUGCCCAGCCGAAGAACCAGGGCACAUACCGCUGCGUGGCCAGCAACCUGUUUGGAAUCACUCACAGCAUUGUGUCUCUGAUUGUGAGAGAAUCUCCCAGAGCCACAGUGACCCCCAAAGGCCCACUGCGUGUGAAAGUGGGUGACCCCAUUAACCUAGAGUGCCAGGCAGCGGGAGAGCCACGGCCAUCAGUCACCUGGCACAGACUGGACAAUGCCCGCAAGACCAUGCUGAGCAGCCCUGUGCCCAUGGAGUCCAACGCUGUCAUGCAGAUCCUGGUUGCACGGCCUGAGGAUAGCGGUACGUACGUUUGCACAGCACAGAACAACCAGGGCACAACAGAGACCCGGAUCGAGGUGAUCGUGGCAGGUGGACCUGAGGUACCCACUGUGCCUCGUGUCAGCGUGCGAGAGCCUCUGAUGAUUGUAGUAGAGGGAGCAACCACCACCCUGCACUGUGAUGCUCAAGGAUUCCCAAAGCCCACAGUCACUUGGUCUAAGCUACGUGCUCCUCUCCCCUGGAGACACAAGAUAGUCAAUGGCAGUCUGGUGCUGCCCAGUGUGGGACGACAGGACUCUGGACAGUACAUCUGCAAUGCCACCAAUCACAUGGGCACCAGUGAAGCCACCAUCAUGCUGGAUGUAGAGACCCCACCAUACACCACCACACUGCCCGAUGACAUGGCUGUGCGAGUGGGAGAGGUCAUUAGAUUGCAGUGCCUGGCUCAUGGCACCCCACCCCUGCGGUAUGAGUGGAGCAAAGUGGACGGCAGUCUGCCCGCCACGGCCGAGCAGCAGGGAGGUGACCUGCAGAUCAAUCUGGCUUCCCCCAGUGAUGCCGGCACCUAUAAGUGUGUGGCCAGCAACAAAGUUGGCCGCAGUGAGGCGCUGGCUAAAGUGUCUGUGAGAUCACCCCUGUCGGUGCGCGUCUCCCCUCAGGUGGAUGUGAAGGCUCUGGGCAGCGCAGUGGAGUUCACCUGCUCGGCUAAUGGAGGCCCAGAGAUCAAACUGGAGUGGCUAAAGGAAGGAGGAGCCCUGCCGCCCAAUCACCACGUCAAAGAUGGAGUUCUAAGGAUCGAGAACCUUGAGAAGAGCAACGAAGGCAUCUACAUCUGCAGAGCCACCAGCGUGUACGGACAGGCCCAGGACAGUGCCAAACUCACCAUUCAAGCCCUUCCCAAAGUUAUGAUCAACGUGCGCACGUCAGUGCAGACGGUCAUGGUGGGCAACUCGGUGGAGUUUGAGUGCCAGGCCAUUGGCGAACCCAAGCCCACGGUGCGCUGGAGCAAGGUUGGGGGCUCGCUGCCCGAUCACGUGCAGGUGAAGGGGGGCAUGCUGAGGAUCGAGCAGGUGACAGAGGCUGAUGCCGGACAGUACCGCUGCACCGCCACCAACGACGUGGGCUCUGUGCAGUCCACUGUGGUGCUCAACAUCCAGUCUUUGCCGCAAAUUGCUGCUCAGCCUGAGACGAAAGAAGUGACCGUUGGCUCCACUGCAGUGUUCCCCUGCAUUGCGUCAGGAUACCCUGUUCCAACCAUUGCAUGGUCCAAGCUGGAAGGAGAGCUGGCGCCCAAGUGUGUGCAGGAUGCCCAUGUGCUGACCGUACCAGACGUCACCCAUGAGGAUGCUGGCACCUACGUGUGUACGGCAUCCAACAAGCAGGGCAAAGUGCAGGCCUUUACCAAACUCAAAGUGCACGAGCGAGUGAUGCCUUACUUCAGUCAGGAGCCUCUGUCCUACCUCACUCUGCCCACCAUCAAAAACUCCUACAAAGCAUUCAACGUCAAAAUCACCUUUAGACCGGACAACGUUGACGGUCUCAUUUUGUAUGCCGGAAUGAUCCUCUAUAACGGACAGAAGAAGACAAUGGGAGCCGAUUUCAUUUCCUUUGGGCUGGUGGGCGGCCGUCCUGAGUUUAGGUUUGACGUGGGCUCAGGCAUGGCCACUAUCCGCUACCCCACAGCAAUCAAGCUGGGCGAGUUCCACACAGUGCAGCUGUACCGCAACGGCACGCAGGGUUCUCUCAUCGUGGACCAGGAGGCUCCCAUCAACGGCAGCUCCCAGGGGAAAUUCCAAGGCCUGGAUCUGAACGAGGAGCUGUUCGUAGGCGGCUAUCCAAACUACAGCAUGAUCGCCAAAACCGCAGAGCUCAAGACCGGCUUUGUUGGUUGCAUUAGUCAGCUGAUCAUCCAAGGGGAAGAAAUCAUUUUUAAGGAUCUUGACAGAAGCUCUACUGGUGUUACUAACUGCCCAACCUGCAAGGAUCGCCCGUGUCAGAAUGGCGGAAUGUGUCACGACUCUGUGGCCAGUCUGUACAAGUGCAACUGUCCAAGAGGAUUCAGUGGGAGCAACUGCCAGCAUCAGUCCUCCCUGCACUGCCAUCCAGAGGCAUGUGGCCCAGAUGCCACUUGCAUCAACCGGCCAACAGGUACAGGCUACGACUGCCGCUGCCACCUCGGCAAGUUUGGAAACAAGUGUAUGGAUGGCACACUGGUGACGACGCCUUUGUUUGACGGCGAAGAAUCAUACAUUGCAUAUCCACCUCUUACCAACAUUCACAACGACCUGCGCAUCGACAUGGAGUUCAAACCCAUGGACACUGAUGGCUUGAUGUUCUUCAGCGGAGGGAAGAAGAUGAAAGUGGAGGACUUUGUUGCUCUCUCCAUGGUGGACGGCCAUGUAGAGUUCCGCUACGAGCUCGGCACAGGCCAGGCGGUGCUGCGCAGUCAGGAGCCCUUGUCUCUGGGCCAGUGGCACAGGGUGGCCGCAGAGCGAGUGAACAAGGACGGCUCGCUGAAGGUGGACCACGCGAAGGAGAUCAGGAGGUCAUCGCCCGGCAAGGCGCAGGGCCUCAACAUCCACACCCCCAUGUACCUGGGCGGCGUGCCCUCCAUGGACAUUCUGCCCAAACCUGCCAACGUCAGCAUGCUUUUUGAUGGCUGCAUUGGAGAGGUAUCCAUCAAUGGUAAGAAGGUGGACCUGUCCUACAGCUUCACAGAGAGCCAGGCCAUCAGUCAGUGUAGGGACGAGAGCCCGUGUGACCGCAGGCCCUGUCAGAACGGCGGCAGCUGCAUGCCCACCGCAGAGUAUGAGUUCCAGUGCUUCUGCAGGGACGGUUAUGAGGGAGAGCGCUGUGAGGUGGUGAAGGACACCUGCCUGGACUCCUCUCAGUGCCAGAAUGGAGGCAGCUGUUUGGAUAAUCACUGUGUGUGUCCUGCAGGCUACGCAGGCCUGUUCUGUGAGGAAGGACAGAAGGCGGUCCCCACUGAGGCAGCAUGGAGUUUGGAGGGCAGCGAGGUUAAUGAUUCUCCAAUCCAGUAUUCGGCUUUUUUCCACGAUGAUGGCUACCUCGCCCUUCCUAAGCCAAUGUUCCCACGCAGUUCUCCCGACUCUCCCGAGACCAUCGAGCUGGAGAUAAACACUCUCUCUCCAGAUGGCCUCAUUCUGUGGCAGGGAGUGGAACUUGGAGAUCAAGGAAAGGGCAAAGACUUCAUAAGUCUGGGUUUACAGAGUGGACACAUAGUGUUCAGUUACCAGCUGGGCAGCGGAGAGGCUCAGAUCCUCUCCAGAGAGCGUAUCAAUGACGGCCAGUGGCACAAAAUCACUGCAGUCAGGACAGGCAAACAAGGCUAUGUCCAGGUAGAUGAUGGGACAGCCCGACGUGGACAGUCACAAGGCAAGAGCAUCAUGGUGAACACCAAAGGCAACAUAUACUUGGGAGGAGCUCCGGACAUGACAGUGCUGACAGGAGGGAAGUUCUCCUCGGGCAUCACGGGCUGCGUGAAGAACCUGUCUCUGAUGAACGCUCGGCCAGGAGAUCAGCCGGCGCGGCCCAUCGACCUGCAGGUCCACGCUGAGGAGGGAGUCAAUGUGCGGCGCUGCGCGUCAUAAUCAACAACACUAAAACAGCACCCAGAGACUGAUGACACACACACUCUCACCGUGAACGAGACACGUUCUCAAACGCUUACAGGACAACACACACGCGCACGCACACAUUCACACUCGCUGACGUAUUUUCUUGGUGCCUUGCUGCUACCAAAAACCAAACCCCAAACACAAAACCACGAAAAGGAUUCUUUUACUCUGUGUUGCAUUAAACCAAAAAACAAAAAAAACAAGAAAAAAAAAAGAAAUGCUAUUAAUUAACAAGUCUUCACUUUCUCAGUGUUGUAUUCUCAAUGAAGGACGAUUAACACGGGAUAUCCAGUUCAGUUUACAUAGUCCUGCAGUAGCUUUUUUAACCGUGAGAAAAGAGAAAAAAAAUAUAUAUAUGGAAAAAAAUCAGCGAUGGGUCAGAUCCUAUGGAGUCGGAGAUGUUUUUACAGCACUGAAUUUUUAUUUAUAUACAUAUGAAUAUAUGAAUCUAUAUUAUAUAUUUGUGGGGGGGGAUACAUGCAAAUUAACCAUUAGCCUGCUCCUCUUUGUCUUAGAGUCAACACUAGGUCCUUAAUAAUAAUUAAUGUGUGUCUGAGGCUUCGUGGGCCGAGCUGUGUUAAUACUUGAAGACUCUGCGGCCUUUUUUUUCCUUUCUUUCUCUGUGGCGGCCAGUGGGGGGCGAGCAUGCUUAGAGGAAACGCAGGGAAAGGGGUUUCUGUACACUGGGAAAAGGUCUUAGCACCAAAAAGGCAUCACGAACAUAGAUAUACGUAUUAGAGACCAAGAUAGCUGAUGACACCUUUGUCAUUAUUGCCUACUCCUGCACUGUGCUGUAAAAUUAAAAUGAUGUCAACAUGUUCUGAAAUAAAUUACCAAAAAGUCUACAGUGCUCAGUUUAAAGGUGGUGGCAAGACUUGUAAGAGUUUUACAUUAUUGUUUAAAAGUUACGAGACUUAAUAUAGCCUAAACUAGGCUAACGUUACCUCAUCCUUUAUUUCAUUGAGUAACUGACUUAAUAAAGUUAGAUAUGUUGGAUUUUACCAAAGCUCUAGAAGACGUUUCUACAUAAAGGGGCAUUCCGGCCUAAAACUAGCGGUAAACAUAUUAUUUGUCAUGUUGCGCAGGAUUGUGUAGUUCAGUAUCGUAUCCCUCAGCCUCAUCGGUUUAACAGAAUUUGUUCCUGUUUUAGUUCAUCUGUGUUCUCUCAUUAAAAUACACUACGCAAAUACGUCAUACAACAAUUGGGAAUCCCUGUGGUGUCACCCAAUCGCUUCUCCUAGCCACUGAUCUGUAGGCUACUAAAAUACAAUCAAGCUAGCAUUAGUGUAACUCUUACCUCGUUCACAAUGCCUGUGGAGUGAAAUAAGUGGAAAACAAACCAAAUGUCAGGUAAGGUAUCUACAUAGCUUGGUAGCCACCUUGCUAACUAUAGCUUUUAGCUUCUUGUGCUCCUGAUCUGAUGAGCCAUUUCUGUUAUUCAUUCAUUACAAUGAGCGUGUUUACAUGCACUUGAGUAAUCAGAUAAUGGGGAAACUCCAGGUGUACACGAGUCUGCCUUUGCAACGAGCCAAUAAACUCACAGAAGUAGACGUGACGUAAACAUAAUGUAAAACUCUUUUUUAAAAAACAUCACACCACUUUACCUGAAAAUAUGAACAUACAUCAUCUAGAAGAUGAAGAAUAUCCAUCAUUUCGUCAAGAAUGUAUUUUGUUAGUGUCGUUCCAAAAGUGUUUUGCUGCCAUCUCAUGACAACGCUGCUUGCUUAUUUCCGGUACCGCUGUCCGUUGCGUACAUGCGCAGACUCAGAAAUCAGAAAGAAAUCAGAGUAAGAGUACACACGCACUGAGGAAUCUGAUUAUCCAGCUCUCUUUAUCAGAUUUCUUAUUAGGAUUUCUAGACUUUACUCCGAUAUAAGAAAUCGAAGUAUGCUGUUUACAUGACCGUUUAAAUAAUCAGAUAACUGCAGAAAUCCGAGAAAGAUUGGAUUAUUGAGUGCAUGUAAACUGGAACCGUUAUCACAGUUACACCAUUGCAAUAACAUAUUCAGCUUCCUAGUAGUGAUUUUAUGUAUCUGUCUUUCUUCUGCAUUCAACAUUUAGAAAAAAACACGAAAAUUAAAAGAGCACGCCUGCAAAAAUUCACCAGAGAGCGCUUGUAGUUUUGCAAAAGUUCAUCCCACCUUCAAGAUACAUCAUCAGAAGGGGGUUUUCGUGGCCAGAAAUAUUUCACUCUAGAGAUUGAGAUGAGGUGAAUAGGCAUGUUUACAACCUACAGAUGUAGCGAUGAUCACAUUUUUCAUUUUGGCCGGAGUGUCUCUUAAAUUUAUGUCUUUUCCUAGCCUUUUAGUUUUGAGUACCAAAUUUCACACAUUUAAAUGAUUCCCAAAUACACAUGAUCAAAUCAUAAGCGUUAAUUAUGGAUUCAGAUGGUAAAAUGUUUUGUUUGUGUCAACUGUAGAAAACAUGAAACCGUUACGUAUCUUAAAGUAGUGUGACUUAUGUCGGCUAUCAGGGUCUAUAAUGUGUAAAUCUAUGAACAAGACACAUCUCAGGUGAAGAUAACAAACAAACACUAAAGCAUUGGAGACCGAGACGAGAAACCUUUGGGAGACUUUUUAUAUGGAGUUUAUAUUUUAAAAAAAGAGAGAAAUCACAAACCUUCCAUGCAUGGUAACCUCUUUGUGUCUGGUUUAUAAAACAAAAAGAAACAAUGGUGCUAAAUUCAGACAUGAUGAAAACACUACAAGCACAUACUCACCUGUUCUGUCUUCUGCCGAUGACUUUCCCUAGAUGUGUCUCACGUUAACGUGUGUAUUGUAAGUAGUAACAUCCACAACUUUGCAAUAAAACUAUUUUUGCUUACUGCCAACCCACAGUUGAAGUACCGAAACAGUAUUUUUUUCUGGGAGUCGUAAGGGAGUUUUAGUCUUGAGUGUGGACUGGAAUGUUUUAGUGUAAAUGUUACAGAACUCUAAACGCUAAAUGUGUUUAGUUUAGUGUAAACUUUUUCACCUCCAGGAUCGAACUUCAUUGAGUAGAUCUCAUGUCUCAGAUGAGGUGUUGAUAAUAGACUUAUCACAUAUUUUGAAGGGCUCAUUUCUUACUUUUCUUAUUUGUCUCAGUAACAUUUUAGAAAAGCUUGCUUAUUUCUUUUACUUCUGAAAAAUCCGUAUUUUUAUCACGCUGACGGUUUGUGUAUCUGUUUGUUGUUUGUGCCAAAAAGUUGUCAUUUUUAAAAAAAAACCUAAGAGUCGUGCAGGAGUCUUAAACUCUUGACCCACCUCAGAAUAAAACUGAAUGAUGUCGGUGUAUGUCUGUAUGCCUGUGUGUCUGUUUGUCCAGCCAUGUUGUCUGUCCAUCUGUGUGUGGUGUGUAUUGUCAUACAUUGUGUGUGUGAGCCAUCAUUUAAAUCCUCAGGAGGAUCGGAGGCGAACUGUCUCAAUGGUCCGCCUUUGCAUUCAGGUUCAUUCGCUUUCACGAACGGGACAGGAUUGGAACUUUUAUUCAUAGGGUUUGGUGAGAAUGACGAUGAUGGCAGUGGGUUUGGCCCAGUGGUUCCCGAUCCUAGUCCGCUUUUUAAAGCUGUUAACACCACCUUGUUGACUUGCCCUCGCUGAUUCCACUAAUUCCACCAUUACUGCAUUAGUUCAAGUGAAGCUGGUUAGAUGACCACUUAGAAAGGAGAAGAAUCAAAUUAACACAAUUGUAGACUUUAGCACUUUGCUUUUCAAAACAGGAAAAACUGUUGAAUAAAGCUGUUUAUACAGUCGCCUGCCAAAGUUUUGACGCUCCUGCUCAAAUGACGUGUUGAUUUUCUAAGUGAAAUAAAAAUCACUUAAAUCACUUAAAAUGUCAUUUGACCAGAGCGUGCAAACUGUUGGUCAAGACUGAUCAAUGAAGCAACUUUACUUACUAUUUUUAAAGUAUAACAUUCAGUUGUUACAGUCAAACUUGGCUGAACUGAUUCUGAUGUGACUUUGUUACUUUACUAGUUAGCUGGUUAGUAAGCUAACUAGCUGCACAGUUAGCAACAACAAGAAAAAGGCUUUAAGGCCUCGCUAGACUUCUUGCGGAAGCGACAGUCGCUUGGCUUCUGCAACCAAAAUGGAGAAAACGAACAUCUGCAGACAUCAAGCGGAGACUUCGGUCAUCACGUCAUGCACGCAGGCAGCUGGUCGAACUUCGAACACACUAAAGACAAAGCCUGUGAUUGGUCAGUGCGAACGAGGCAUCGUUCAAAGAUGAAUCAGCUUAAACAAAACUGUUCGCAAAGGUGGUUUCAGCGAUUUUUCAGGAGUUUCGUUUUGCUGAAAGUAUACCGAGCCAGAAAAGCUAUUUACAAAGUAAGUGUGCAUUACGCACAAACGUCUAACUUCUCAAUUUGUAUAACAAAAUUUGCUUAGCUAGCUAAAUAGCAUGCGAGUUCCUAAUGGGUUGUCCUCUUUUACCCUUGUCUCACAAGUGGCCACUUAAUGUAAAUACAAACAUUGACAUUUAAGCCAUGUCUCAAAGCUAAGCAUGCAGUGGAGGAAGGGUACGUUUCUUGGAUGUUGUGUCACUGUCUCGUUUUGUAGGAUCCUGAAAAUACGACCAAGAAAUGCAUCCUUCAUUUCGGAGAAAUCUCAGGAUUCAACUGGUGUAUCCUCUCAGACCUUCAGUCACCCACAAUUUGAAAAAUGGUGGAAACAGCCACGAGUGACAAAAUGCAGUGGCACCAGACUUUGCAAUAACAUGUCAAUUUGCUACCGUCAGUAAACUAUUCAUAUCAGUACAGCCACUGGAGAGGAGGCUUUGUACACCAGUGCUAGGAGCGUCUCUCCUACCUCUAAAACUCCUGGUCCAACUAAUUAGCUAAUUAGUAAACCCAAUACAGGUUGUAGGCAAGGAACGCAGUAAAAUGCGCAGGGCAGGGCUGCUCUAGGACCACGACGAGGAACCACUGGUUUGGCCUGAUGAAGGGUGAAAGGGCAGGCAUGCAGUAAAGGUUUAGAAAGCACAUGUUUGAAUGGUUUGUCAAGUACAGCCACAACCCCUCUCCUGUUACCAUGAGCACCUGGGGCUCUUUGGAGCAUGCUCGCCCUCAUGGGUCAAACAUCACAUGGCCCCACACAACCUUUUGCACCUGUCUGUAUGUGAAAAACUUGUGUGUUACCUACUUAAAACCCAUCAGCAUCAACCACUUGGCUUAAUGUGGCUGCAUUUUUAUUUAUUUACUUACCCACUUUGUGCUUCUCUGAUUUUUGAGGCCUGGACGUGGCUGUUCAGUUCUGCUUGUAAGUGUGCCACACCUCCCGCAGCCUUUUCUGUGUUUCUUUUCUUUCCUUUUUGUUUGGUUUUUGAUAUCGUUCUUCCAAAAGUGCAAAUCAAAUCUAGUUGUGCUACAGUAGGGCUUCCCAGCCCCCUCCUCCUCUUCCGUUUGCUAGGAAUGGUGUGUUUUUGUUAGACCAGUGGUUACAGACUGGGAUACCUGACCGCUUGAAGGCGGCUGUGAGCUGUUCAUGUUAUACCAACCCCGAUGCCUAUAGGUUUUGUUUUUUUUCUUUUCUGAAAUAUGAGUAAAAAAGUUCUAAUGUCCACA